AUGAUGUCCAAUACAACUCUACUCCUCCACACCCACUCUGUGGUCUCAAACCACCAUGCAAACACUACAGUGGAAAUUGAAGCCACUAAGAAUAAGCUCAGCAUUGUCUUCCUUACCAUCGUUGUUUUCCUCGGCACCGCUGGGAACUCUGUGGUCAUCUGGGUGGCUGGCUUCCGCUUGAAGCCCACCGUCACAAAUGUUUGGCUGGUCAAUCUCGCUGUAGCAGACCUGAUUUUCUGUCUGACACGAAUCACAUCUCUCAUCAAAACCAUUUUUUAUGACCACUGGCCUUUUGGAGUUUUUCUCUGCAAGUUCACUGGUUUCUUCAAGUAUGCUAACAUGUUCUGCAGUGUUUUUCUUCUGGCUGUCAUCAGUGUAGAUCGAAUGCUCUGUGUCUGGUGUCCAGUGUUGACCAGAGAAAGACGAACGAUAUGUGCCGCUCGUGUGGUCAGUGUUGGAGUUUGGUUCGUGGCAGUGAUUUUUAGUACACCGUACUUUGUUUACCGGCAGGUCUACCUCGAUGACGACAAAUUGAGCCAAUGUUCAUUCAAGCACAAAGGAGCAGCAGAAAAAGGUGGCACUUCAGGAAAGUACGUCUACUACUGCAUUCGUUUCGUCUGUGGAUUCGUGUUGCCCUUCCUGGUCAUCCUUAUCUGUUACAUACUAGCUGCUGUUGGGAUACGCAGGACGCGACUCUCUGGAAAAUCGAGGUCUCUUCGUAUUCUUGCUGUUUUGGUCUGUGCCUUUUUCUUAUGUUGGGCUCCCUACCACAUUCUUGGGCUGGUCAAGUUGGUGAAUGAAGACAACAAGGCAGUAAAUGUAGGAUGGGCUAUGGCUUCAAACUUAGCCUAUUUCAACAGCUGCAUGAACCCGGUGCUGUAUUUCUGCAUGGGACUCAACAUUAGUCAACGCUGCAACCAAAGUUUGUCUGGGAUUUUUCAUAAAGCACUUAUGGAAGAUGGCCAUAAUCACUCCCAGCAGGGCAAUAGAGAAGAAAGCUGUAUUUCCAUUCCAAAGACUAUAGAUACGAAGUGUGUCACUAAAGUCUAA